CAUUACUUCGAAAUGCAGCUGAUAAUAUUCAUUUAUAUGAUAUUAAGUUACGUUUUCUUGAUGAUUUAAUUUUACUUGCAUCAGCAAGUUGA